AUGGUCAGAGCUGACCCACUGAAACUGUCGGUGCGUACGGUGCUAGCUGAGAUGGACGUUAACAGUGACGGCUACGUAUCACGGUCGGAGAUGCGCGAGGCGCUGAAGCGAAUGGGUCGGAAUUUGGAUGACAGUGACAUCGAUGCAGUCUUCGACUCGAUCGACAAAGAUUCUUCAGGACGGAUCACAUUCGAAGGUUCGUAG